AAUCCACCACUCAAACCACCCGCAAAUUCACCUUGAGUCCGCUCCAAAUCCAAAUCUCACCUUGAAUUCUUCUCCUUCUCCUCCUCCUUCUCCUCUCUUUCUCCUUCGGUGAGAGAUGGCCCGCACAAAGCAGACGGCGAAGAAGUCCACCGCCAGCAAUGUGCCGAGGAAGCUGCUGGUGAUGAAGGUGGCACGCAAGUCAGCACCGACGAUGGCAGGGCUGAAGAAGCCACACCGCUUCAAGCCAGGGACCGUCGCACUCCGAGAGAUCCGCACAUACCAGAAGAGCACAGAGCUGCUAAUCCGCAAGCUCCCCUUCCAGCGGCUGGUGCAGGAGAUCGCGCAGGACGUUAGGUCCUAUGUUCGCUUCCAGAGCUCUGCCGUGGUUGCGCUGCAGGAGGCUGCCGAGACCUACCUUGUGGGGCUCUUCAAGGACACCAACCUCUGUGUUAUCCAUGCCAAACGCGUCACCAUCAUGCCCAAGGACAUCCAGCUCGCGCGCCGCAUCAGGGGCGAGAAGGCCUAGGUUUGGGGGCAUCAUCUUGUCCAAUCGCGCUUCUUCUGUCUGUGUUCUUGGCUACUAGCACAUUUUUAAAUUCAUGUCCGUAGGUUAGGAGAUGUUUUGGUCAGGUUUGAUGGGUGAACUGGCUUUUUAUUUUAUCCUGUGAUGCUGUAAUCGUUAUGGUUUGCUAAUCUUAAUGGAAAGGCUAUGUCGUUUGGGAUUUCUGAAUGAA